UUUUUCUGUGAAUGCUUUGAGUUCUGCCGUUGUUAUUUUACGUAAUUUCUAUUUUUAAGAAAGAAAGUAAAAAGAAACACUGGGACACAUAUCUGCAGAGAUACAAAGGGGGCGUCGAGAUUCAGCGGUUUUUCUUUUUUUUUUAGAGUUUAUUAUUGAUUUUGUUUCUAAUCGUGAUCCUGGCAUACAAAUGGGAAGACAAUAAACAAACAUGGCGGCGCCCUGGUGCCACGAAAAUUUGAGAACAGCUGUUUCCAUUUGCUAAUGCGAAUAAGACGAUAAUAAAGUCUAACUUUAAACAAUUGCUUCAAAAUGAAUUCCAAGUGCUGUAAUUCAGAAGUGACUGUGUACCUUCAAGCAUAUUUUGUGACAAUUGCUACCAUUCUGGGAACAGGAAUAUUAGGCUUACCAGUCACACUUGUGAACUCAGGCCUGUACCCUUUCCUCAUCACAUUCAUCCUUGAUGCUGUUGUACAGUCCCUCUUGGUCCACUUUUUUGUGGAUCUCCUACAACGGGCAGUGGCAGCUCAACAUGUUGAGCAAAGGGAGGAAUCUGUGCCACUGAACACCAUGUUAGAAGAGGACAUUGACCUCGAGAGUGAUGAUGGAGAUGAACUUACCAAUGUGCAAUUCACAGGUGCCAUCAUGAAGGGAAAGAUGCAGCACAUCCGAGAGGUCCCACUGGUCCAGCCUCCGAACCUCCACCUUCUGGGCAAACUGUUCCUGGGUUGCGGCUUGCAGCAGGUUUUUGAUAUGCUUAUCAUCUUGCAAUUCAUUGCUCUCCUUGUUUGCUACGCCUUAGCCGGGAGUGAAGCUUUUGCACAGCUCAUUGGAAUUGACCACUUCUAUGUGAUCCCUGUGUUUGUCUGGGUACUCACCACGGCUAUUGUGUUUGCCCUGAGCCUUAUACAGCCAGUGGUCUCAGUCCUGACCUUCGUCAAAGGCUCUCUGUUGUUGGGCACGGCCAUGGUCACAUUUUAUGUAGGACUUACAGUAGCAGAGGAGAUCAGCAAUGACUUUUCCUACAUUGGAGCCCCUUUCUUAAUGGGCACAGUAGCUCUGGGUGGUGUAUGUAACACUAUGCCGUACACAUUUGAGAAAGUGCCUUUCAAAAAGAACUCGAUCUCAAAGUAUCGUCUGGCUGUUCAGCUGGGCCUGUGGACUUGUGUUCUGUUAAACAUCUUAUGGUGUUGGGCCGUGUUAGACAUUGUCCCUCAGACGAUCGCAAUGGCUUGCUCCAAUGAAGCAGGCUUGAGUCUACGUCGCUAUGACAACGAUAGUGGCAAGAUGUUUUCAGGCUUGCAGACAUGCUACGGAAAGUUGUCACUGGAAAGUGCGGAAGCUAACGGUGAGAUCUCCACCCUGCCACUGACCAAACUGCUGCAGCGUGACCACCCGAGCUUCACGUGGGUCGCCAUCUUGGUGGAGGUGUUCAUCAUGGUCAGCAUCACAGUCUCCUACCUGACUAUUGGCACGGCGCUGCACCACACACUGAAAGGCAUCGUCCAGUCGUUCCUGGCGAAAAGACGAGGGUCCAGCACAGGCAAAGGGAAAUCCAGCAAGACAUCGGCUGCACACUGGUUUGCCAUUACUGGAGUGUCACUGGGAGCCUUCACAAUUGUCUUUGCCAUCGCCAUGGUUGACCCCGAGGGCUUUGUGGAUAUUCUGGAAAAACUUGUGUCCUUCACCCUCAACCUUGAAGUUGGACUGUUCUUCUUCCUUAUGUUUAUCUGGUCAAAGAGGAACUCGUAUGUGCACCUAGAGGUUCCCUUACCCAUGUCCCAGUGCCUCUACUACCUGAUCUACCUGCUGCCUGUGUUCUUCAACUUUGCCGUUAUCUACGAUGUCUACAAUACGGUGAUGGACAUUGCCUACCCCCAACAGCACCAGAAAAUUGUCUUCAACGUUUCAUCUUCCACGACUGUUGGUUCAGUCCCUGACAACGCGUUUACCUUGAAUACUACAGUUUCGACGACCACCACGACACCUUUGGCCGACAAUGUGGGUGCUACAAAUUCUAGUUUGAAUAUGCUUUGAUAAGGUUUUUAUUUUUCUAUUUCUAUUUCUGAAGAGUGCCUUUCAAAUGUCAUCAUGAUUUAUUAAGACCAAUGAUCUUUCAGCAUUACAGAAAAGGGGUUUGUUUGAGGGACUCUGCAGACCAUAAAACCGACUUUUUGUAUGCUCCAGGAUUUUACUGUUUGGUCCUGGGAUCUUUAUUUAUGUUCGUCGUUCUUCCCCAAGAUAAGCAAUACUCAUGGUAAUCAAGAUUUUGGUGGUUUCAAUCCAUACUGCUUUAAAAAAAGCCUCCGUCUGUUCAUCAUGCGUGUCGCAACAGGCUGUUUGUUGAGUUGGUGCAUCAUUGGUCUUUGUUUGAAUCCCCAGUGGGAUGUUCUUGAAUUUGAGUUGUUAAAUCUUGAAGGGCGUAGCGGACACGUAUGUCUGACCAGCAGCAGACCAAAGCAAUUUUGUGGCAUAGAGCAAGCCAUCAAAUCAGAAACAUGAAUUUGUUAUAUCAUAGCAUGUGCUGUUUCUUACUUUUUAAGUUUUUGGAUAAAGAUUGCAGAAUUGAACAAUCUACUUUAAUAACAAAAUUACGCUUCUUCUUUUGUAGUGUCCUGAAGCAAUUAUUGUCGAAUGACCAGAAUGCGUGUCAUCAAUGAGUGAACGGUGUUUUCAAGGCUUUCCUCCUACUUAGCCCAGUCCUAUCGAGAUGGGUUUUGCAUUAAGAGGCCCCUCCAGUUGAAGAUUUCUACAGUGUUUAUCGAGGGGUUAAAAACGCAUGAAUCAAUUACUCGCUUAUCGUGGAUGUUGGGAGACUAUGAAUUUGACUUAUCUUACAGCUUUGGUGAUCAAUGCUUUUUGCUCUUGAUCUACAUUUUACUCACCCAUGAUAGGAUCUCAGUGUACACAAAGAGUUUUUCUCAAUUCUAAAAAAACAUGCUUAAAAAGAUGUGUACUAAAACAAUUUCUCCUCCAAAUCGGAUACACUGUUGGUUAGUUGAAAAUUUGAAGAAUAAUUCUCAUAAGAUAUGAGGGUUUUAUUAUCAACAUGGGAAAUUUUUCUCAGGGUUGACGACUGUAGAAAUGAAAAGCAAGAACACUUUGAAGUCAAAUAAUGCACAGUGGCUGUACAAAAUACUAAUCGCACAAACUCAAGGUAUCUAAAUAUCCUGCACGUUACUAUAUAGACUGUUACUCUGCGGGAUCGCACAUUCUUGCUUAAGUUGCAUGAAAGGUCCCUAAUGACUGGGUGCUUUUUCUUGCACUAGAGAGAAAAAUUAGAAACAGCAAUUUAUAGAUAAUGCUGUUUGCCAAAAGAAACAAAUUGUAUAAAGCAAGAUUCUUUAAAAUAUGUGUCAAAAGUGUUGAUCACGAAAUGACAAGAGUAUGAGAAAGAAAUAUAUCAUAAGUCCCUUUGUCUUACCACAGAUAGAUGGUUGGAUGGUCGCACUGGUGCAUCCUACUUUUUUUUACAUUUGCUUGUGUGUGUCUUGUUGAUCUUGCCUGUCUUGCUUUUUUCCAAUUUCUACAUGACCUUUUCCCAGUCUUUAGAUGCGUUUUUUUUCCAGUUUCUACAUGACUUUUUUCCAGUCUCUAGAUGAAUUUUUUCCAGUCUCUAGACGACUUGUUCCAGUCUCUAGAUGCCUUUUUCCCCAGUUUCUAGAUGAUUGUUUUCCAGUCUCAAGACGAUUAUUUUUUUCCGUCUCCAGAUGACUGUUUCAUCUCGACCAAGCAAAUCUUGCCAUAGAACAUAAUGCUCUAACCGGUGUCUGCUGUGUAAUAGUAAGGUUCUCUGCCGUUGCACACAGAAAAUUUGAGUUUGGUUCCUGAGCAGGGAAGCUUUUUUAUCGAAUAUCUCUGUCUGUUUGCUGGGAUGUUGAAUAGCCAUCUACUGUGAUGUGGUGGUUAAGUGCUUUACUGUCUCAUGUAGGAGACCUAAGUUCUAUUCCCAAGUUGGUAGAAAUUUUUCUUGAGUGUCUCCAUCUAAUGGGAUGUUGUAUCCCACACAUUCCAGGCAGGUCCUGAUAGUCAGGAUUCGGAGAAACAGAGUUCCUGAGUGUUUUAAAUUAUGUCAACUGGGGUUUAAAACAUUUACUAUAACAGUUACAUUAUGCUUUACAUGGUGAAUUGAUGUAGUUUUACGACAGAAGUGAAAAAGAUGUCUUAUAAAUCUAUCAUGAUCUGUUAGCUUUGAAAAUCAUAUUUCCUGUACAGUGGAGUCAUCUUUGCUAAAAUCUGCGGUACCAUCAGAUUUUCUUCAAUUUGGCUGGGUUUUCGGUUUAGAGAGGUUGCUCAAAUAGUAAAAAAAAAAGAAGGGAAUUGUGUUUUCUUUAUGUUUACCAAUGUUUUUGGAUGAAUUGUAUUCAGUUUAAGCGGACUAUGUCGUAUUUCGUUUUUCUCUUGUAAAAUAAGCUGUCUUGGAGGUAUCUUCUUUACUACAACUGAUACCCUUGAUGGGUUUUUAGUGGACUUUGUUGUAUGUUUUCUGUAAUAUGACUGUUAUUCUUUAAAUGUACAUCUCUGUAUUCAAAUUCAAAGUCAAACUGUUUUAUCUAUUGUGUCAGCUUAGUUGACCAAUGGUUGAUUGAGAGAAAUGCCUAAAGUUGGUCUAUCUGGAGAACUCUCAAUGAGUGAGUUCUGGUAUUAGGUUCAAUAGAGUUUAGUGUUAUUGUGUUAUAUUUCCAUUUCCUUUCCACAUUCUCUUUUCUCCUUUUGCCACACAUUCAGACGUGUUAUAUGUACUUUGUUUUGAAGAUAUUAUUUUGUGAAAAAUGUGUUGUGAUUGCAUUUAUCCUAACAAUUGCAUUUCCAUAUAUAUUCAUUUGUGCCUUUCCAUAUUUCCCAGGAGAGGGAAGAUCAGAGCUAUUGUUGUUAUGUUAGCCAUGGGUGUGAUGGAUUUGACUUGAUAAAGAAAUUUUAUUCAUAUAUUCACAGAUGUUGCUAGAUUGUUGCUUUUUUUCCCCUUUUUUUGCAGAAUUCUGAAUUCUGCUACUUUUUAAAGCAUACAUUAAUUUAUCGGUUAAUAUCAGGCUUGUGGUAGCACAGUCGAUAUUGUUCAAGAUGAGUGUCCAUUGGAGAACAGUAGUUGUCUUAGAGCGGGGGACAUCUUGGACAGUGUCAGUCUUAUAGAAAAAACGCAAGGGGUUGUAAGUAGUGGAAAAUGGUUGUCAGUACAGGUGAAUGUCUAAGACAGGAGGGCUUUAGAGCAGGUUCCGUUGUAUUCAUUAUAACUGGGACUCUCAAUUUGGUUGCAGUCCUGGUGCAUCUGAUUCAAUUAUGAAAGCUUUAACAGUUCUGAAAAGGUUUCCACAGACUUAUGGGGCCUGAAGCUAUCAAAAGUAGAACAGACAUGUGUUAAAUUAUCGAGAACCGUGGGUUCUGUUCUGUUUGUCUUUUACAAAUUUGUUCUAAACAUUUAAUUAAAGCACCUUGCAGAAUUAAUUGGUCGUUUGAAAUGAUAGCUCUUGUUUGUUGCCCUGGCAGGAACAGACUGUGAGAGGGAUUGUUCCAUGAGGCUAAAAAGAACUCUGACUGCUCUUGCAGUCACUUUUCUAUCCUACUUGCCCUGGAAUUAUGAGCUGAAAAUGUGUGUAAAAAACAAUUAACUCCCCCCCCCCACUCACACACACACACACACACACACACAUACCAUAGCAUGGUCACUGCGCCUGCGAAAUGUCACUUCUCAUUUUUACUACUUUUGAAAUAGAUGGGAAAAGGAAAAAACUGUUUAAGUAGACUUUAUCAUCUAAUAAUGGUAUAACUUGCCAUGCAUAUUUAUUUUGUGACUGCAAUCGCUUUUUCGUUUUGGUUUUACCAAAAGGUAAAUAUAGUACCGCCAAAUAAAAUAAAACACUUAUUUUGGCACAAUUUUGAGUUAUGCUAUUUUGCUUAUACAUUGAUAAUAUUUCGUGCAUGAACCGGCGGGGAAUCGACUAAAGUACUUUGGUGUUGGAGUUGAGUUCCUUGUCUCAAGACUUUCAUACACCUGUGUGGAGAGAAAAGGAAGAUGAAAAGGAAAGAAUGUUGCUUACUUGUUGUUGUUUUUAAAAAAAAUCUCUGCCUGCAAGGAUGUAUUCAUGAGUCAUUAUCAUCAUUAUUUUAGUAAUGUAAUCGUCACAAUGCGUAUGUUUGUUUCUUUGCAGGGUGACCAAGCCUCCUUUGUAUUCUUUUUUUACUAUUUAACUUAUAUGACAGAAUUGAUGUACAAAGUUGUUGUAUGUGCAUAUUGCUGCUUCUGAAUUGCAAAGUUCUAUCUGCUCAGUAGGCUACUUAGUUUUGAGAAAUUUGAUGUCAAAGAUUUUGAGUUUCACCUCAUGAUAUAGUUUUUCGAAUGUAAUUCUUUUAACUCAUUCGGGACACAGGUUUUGGACCGGAUUUGCACCCGGAGAUGCGCGAUUUUGGGUCAACUUUGAAAGUCUGCCAUUUUGAUAUUUUUAAAGUCUUUUUUCACUUUCUACACGUUCAACAUUUGGACUUUGCCUUAGAUCUAACCCAGUUUGCCUGGAUAUAUUCCUAAAAUUGCCAGGACCCCUAUAAAAAUGGUGUAUGAGACAUUUAAAAAAAAAUUGUCCUCUAAGCUGACAGUGAAGAAAUAAUGCAGAAACAGACAAGAUAAAGUUACAACACAAUUAUAAUGCAGCUAAAAACAAAUCCCAACACAAUUUACAGUCCAAAUACUGUGAAGAAAUAGUUUCAGUCAUUGUGAAUAGUCAUUCUUUUUAUGGUACUCCUCAAAGAUCCAUGCUCUUUGUCGCCCCCGACUGCCUUCAUAAAUCGCCACAGAAAAUUACAAACAACGACCCUACACGGUCAAAACUAAA